AUGUUCUUCAAAAAAAGGGGUGAAAGUAGUCGACAAUAUUGGCGUCCACAACAACAACAACCACCACCACCGACUAGUCCAGAACGUCAACAAUACGCGGCUGCCAUAGCUGCUCAAGUAGGUAACAGAGAUGAGAAAUGGGAUAUCUAUUAUCACUCGUUCCUCCUUCAUACUUGCCUACACUCUCAAUGCUAUUGGUACAGGAACACCUGGUGGUUUCCUGAACCUGGAAGGAAUAUACACACCCUAUCGAUGUUCUCUGCCUCGAGAUACCCUCCGAUUGAGGAUAUCAAAUAUUACGAUAUGCAUCUUGUGAACACUCCUGAGCUAGGCUGGCUAGGUGAUUAUGUUGGAUAUAAUCUGAACCUCGUCACAUUCGACAUGAAGCCGAUCUAA